AUGGCAACUCUCAAAUUUCUGCUCCUGGCCUACGCGGCGUCCCACGCUGCAGCAUUCAUCCACCCGGGACUUCUGCAUACGUCCGAGGAUCUGACUCGCAUUAGGGACCAUGUAAACAAUGCGGAUGAGCCUUGGAAUACAAACUGGCAGCUACUCACCAAAAACUCACACGCUCAGUCGACCUAUGAGCCCAGCCCACAGGCAAUUGUCUACCGGGGUUCCGACGGUACUCACGCCCAAAACUACCCAAAGCUUUAUAACGAUGUUCACGCCGCUUACCAGCUUGCGAUCCGUUGGCAAGUCGAGCAAGCGACUGAGUAUGCUGAUGCCGCUGUCAAAAUCCUCAACGCAUGGUCGUCCACAAUGACGGCCAUAGGUGGUAACAGUGACCUCUUCCUCGCGGCCGGCAUUUACGGGUAUCAGUUGGCAAAUGCUGCUGAAUUGAUGCGAUCCUACAGCGGUUGGAAUAGCAGAUCGCAGGACGACCUGAAAAGUCUCCUCGUGGAUGUGUUCUAUCCCCUCAAUUAUAGGUUUCUUACAACCCAUAACGACCAGGAUGAGUACCAUUACUGGGCAAAUUGGGAUUUCUGCAACACGGCCAGUAUAAUGGCCAUUGGCGUCUUCACAGAUAACCAGACCAUGUACGACUGGGCCAAGGACUACUUCCUGCACGGAGAUGGUAGAGGUGCCAUCAACAAUUUUAUUUACAAGAACUACACCGAAGAUGGGAGUGGUAAGAUUCUAGCCCAGGGCCAAGAGGCAGGAAGAGAUCAAGGCCACGCAACACUAGACCUCGCGCUCUUGGGCGCUAUUAUGCAGCAAGGGUACAACCAAGGAGACGAUUUGUAUGCGAUUUUGAGUAACUCCGGCUUAGCUGCAUCGGAAUAUGUCGCCAAGUACAACACAGGCUACGACGUGCCGUACACUUGGUAUAAUAGCUACCUUGGAAACCAGACCGAGAUCAGCGCUGCCAGCCGCUAUACCCACCGUCCCGGCUUUGAGCGCUUAUAUGCCCACUACGCGGAUGUCAAGGGCCUGAAUGCCUCUUGGACGAAACUGUACCGAGACGAGACGAACGGUAAUAGUACUGACGGCGUGGAAGGCGGUGGCGGCGAUUACAGCAGUAAUAGCGGAGGUUAUGAUGACUUAGGCUACGGAACAUUAUUGUAUCGAUUAACGGUUUAA